AUGGCUUGCAUGACUAUACCGUCAAGGUGGGUGGAUUAUAUUACACUCGAGGCGAACAACAUUUCCACAGGAAAGACACCCGAAGACGCCUUGCAGGAGGGCCGCUUCGUCGACUCACAUGUUGGACUGAAUGUGGGACAUACUCAAAAGAGGCCCAGUGACAGUUUGGACUACUACCCAGUCCAUUACAAGGGCAACUACGAAUGGUCAGUGUGCACAGCUGCCUGCGUAGAUGAUGACUGGAAAGGUGUUGAGUCUUGGAAUGAGGCAACGUCUCUAGUUUUCGGGCCUGAGGAGAUUGCAUCUUUUGGGCAUCGUUUUGUUGUUGUAUCAUCGGUAGCGGAUGUGGAAAGUGCUGCCACGAAUCCUGGUCUUCAUGUUUCUGUAAGAAUACCUGGAUAUGUCAUCCUGGAGGGAACUGUUGAAAGCUUGUAUCUGAACGCGAGCUCUGAACCUUCGCUAAUGGAGGUAUCACCGGCGAAUAUCCUGAAGUUGUCUAAUCUUCCUCCUGCUCCAACUGCUCCACGGUUUUGA